GCAAGAGAAUCUCGGGGAAUAGGUGGCAUGCUGAUGAUUCGAUGUUUGGUCCGGCAGGUGAUGAGCAGGGGUAAGGCAACCGUCGCGACUCGCGGGUGUCGGAGAGUUCAGAUUUGGCUCAGAUUUGACAGAUUUGACGUUCGGUCGCACCUGCCCUCCAGCGAGAUUCAUUCUUGCUGAGCCCUCAGGCAGGUCAUUUACCACAGAAGCUCGCCUUAGGGAAACACGCGGGCAUAUGACUGACGAUGUUAUAUUUAAUCACUGCAAACCCACGUGCCGAUAGCCCAGGGCUCGCUUCCGUUGUGUUACACAGCAGCAAACAGCGGUUGUCCUUGAUUCCUUCACAUGAAGCUUAAAACUCCUUGCAGCAAUCCUCACUUCCAGAUAGUGUGCCAGUUUCUUGAAGUGAGCUUUGCAACGGCCUCUUCUCCACUUUCACCGUUGGUGUUACGAACGCUUCGAUUCUUCUUCCUCUUCGUCUUCCAUGUCGAUACAUAUAUCGCCAUCGAAGCCCACGAAGACCAUCGACACCGACAUUCUCGAACAUUACACAAUGCUGAGCACCGCAUCUGCAUCAGAGGCCCCGCCCUCCGGCUUUGAAAGAAAGUUGAGCACUUCAAUCCAGCGCCUUCGAGCCAAUAGUGUCUACCAUGAACGCACCUUCGGAUCUGGCGAGCUUUCCAAGUCCCAGCAGUACAUCCACAGACUCAAGGCAAUUAACCGCCGUGGUGGCCAUAAUCUCACCAACGACGAAGCCCGCUUCUUCCUCUCAUUGCCCGACAAGAUCCGUCGUCUUCACUUCACCAGACAAGAGAACAUUCUGAUGCGGGCCGCUUGCGAGUUGCAACUGUCCAAGGACAGCGGCAUUCCUCCUCCUCUUCCCAGAUCUUGGACCGACGAACGCGCCUCAAGCAGCCACAGCUACGCCAGUUCCUUCCUCAGCCGCAGAACUAUGGUCGAGCCUCCAUCGACUCCGACCACUUCUGAUGGCGGAUACCCUUCAGCCACCAGCAGCCGCACUUCGUCUCGCCCACGCACCCAAUCGGUUGUUUCCUCCAACGCCUCCAUCCUGCCUUUCAACCCACUGGCUUGCCAUCCUCCCCGCACUUCCAGCAUGACGCAGAGUCCCUUCGACUACACAAAGGUCAUCAGCAAGACCCCCGAAACUCCAGCCCCAGUCACUAGACAAUACCUGGACCCCAAGACCAGAGAGAUGAUCCGCCGCUGUACUUCCUCCCCCGAGGCUUUCGAUGAGGUUAUCAAUUUCGGAUAUGCUACCGACGAGGCUGCUCCCGUGACCAAGCAACACCCGAGCUUUGACUACGAGUUCGACGAGGAUCUGAGCUCGUCUGAUGGCCUCUCUGACGAUGACGAGGACGAGGAUUACACUCUCGACUCGGACGACGAACCUUGGACCCCUGGAUCUGACGAUACCAUGGCCACCAGCUGGGACUUCCGUUCGCCUUGUCCCCCAAUCCAGCGCUUCGAUGGUGGCUACUUCCGCACUCCCAAGGAACGUCCCAUGACUCUGCGCGUCACUUUGACCAAGCCUGAGAACAGAUCAGCCAUGGAUGACUCCCCUACUCGUCUCACCAAGACUGAUCAGGAGGACCUUUCAAGCCUGAAAGUUGAAGACCCUCUUGCACUCGAGCGACUCACUUUCUCGGAUGAUGUCACUGGAAUGUAUGGAGCCUUUGCCGUCAGCCCCACCAAGGACAGCAGCAAGGUGAAGAAGUUGUUGAAGAGACUGACAUCUCCCGCCUUCUAAAAGACUACUGUAAAUGAAACACAGUCUGGUGGGAGCUGCCUUGCUCGCAACGAGCUGUAAUGACUACAAGAAAGAGAAGAGAAGAGAAGAUGAAAGACGCACAGCAAGGAAGAAAAGAGCCUCAAUCCAGCACAAGGGGCCAAAGCAGCAUUUUUUUCGCAUUCAUGUUUUAACGAUCGGUAUACCCCCACCCAACAAAGGACACAACAACAACACAAGGACAAUGGGCGUUUUCUGUUAUUUGCUUUUUUUGCUUAUCUGCUUUUUAUUGUAAAGAUACCACAUUCAGCGCAGCGAAGGGGAAACCGGAAUAAAUGGGAAAGAAAGGAGAAGAAUUUAUGGCUACGAAUACCCCCCAAAUGUCACUCAUCGCUUUUUGAGACAACUACUCUG